CGUGUGUCGGUGCAUGAUGGCGGAGCGGCGCGCGGUGCCCAGCGACCUGUUCCCGCUCGUGCUCGCCUUCCUGCGCGAGAGCGGCUGCCAGGGCGCCGCGCGCGCCUUCGCCAGGGAGGCGGCGGCGAAGGAGCAGGACCCGAACGCGGCCUCCCUCCUGGACAUCUUCACCUACUGGCUCCGGUCUCCGGCGGCCAAGAAGGGAAAGCUGGUCCCGAACGGCGGCCAGGCGAAGAGGAAGCCGUCCUCCAGCAGCUCCAGCGAGGAGGACGAGAAACCCCCGGCCAAGAAGCCAGCUAAAGGAGCAACUGUUCCCAAAGCAAAAGCAAUUCCUCCAGCCAAGAAGGCAGAGAGCAGCAGUGAGGACUCCAGUGAUGAUUCAGACUCGGAGGAGGAGGAGAAGCCAACAAAGAAAGGUGCAAAACCUGUGGUGAAACCAGCUGGAACCAAAAUCCAGCCUCAGAAGAAAGCAGAAAGUUCCAGCUCUGACUCAAGCAGCUCAGAUGAAGAAGCACCAAAGAAACAGCCAUCAAAACCAGCAACACCUAAAUCGGGAAGUAAAGCUGCCCAGGCGGCUAGCAAGGUUGUCAAUGGAAAAGAAGCAAGCAGUAGCAGCAGUAGUGAAGAUUCUGAUGAGGAAAAGGCUGCACCAAAAAAGGUUGUUCCCAAGAAAUCGCCUCUGCCGAAACCUGCAGCAACUCAAGCAUGUCCAGGGAAAAACAAACGUGCCAAGGAAAGUUCCAGUAGUGAGGACUCAUCUGACAGCUCAGAUGAUGAAAAGCCACCUGCAAAACAAAAGCCAAAGUCUGGUCCGUACAGUGCUGUACCACCUCCUCAGGGAACACAGACAAAGAAAGGCCUUGCCAAGGCUCCUGCAAAAAAGGCUGAGAGCAGUGACUCUUCAGACAGUAGUGAUGAGGCAGAGAAGGUGCCCCCAAAGGGAGCAGCAGCAGGCAAAGCCGUAGUAGCUAAAACAAUCCCUGGCCCCCAAAACAAAGCUGUGACUAGCAAGAAGGCUAAAUCCAGUUCUGACAGUGACUCAGAUUCCAGCUCUGAAGAUGACAAAAAGGAGGUAGGGAGUAAGCUUCCAGCUAAACAACCUGUGAUAAAGAAUACUUCUAAACCAGCAAAAGUAGUUGUCAAGCCUGGACAAGCAAAGAAAGACUCCAGUUCUUCCUCAGACAGCUCAGAUUCUGAUAGUUCUGACAAGAAGGCACCUCCUGUGAAGCCCACAACCAAAGCAGCAACCCCUGCAGCAAAGAAGUCACAAGCUGCCACAAAGAAAGCACAAAGUAGCUCUGAUUCAGAUAGCAGCUCCAGCAGUUCUGAGGAUGAGAAGAAGAAGAAGAAAGCCCCCCCAGCUAAAUUAGCUGGCAAAGUGGCUAAGCCAGUGUCCAAACCUUCUACUCCAGCUCCCAAAGCAGAUACAUCUGAUUCUGAUAGCUCAAGCAGCGAAGAAGAAAAGAAACCAGCAGUGAAAACAGCCACUAAAUCUACAGGGGCAGCAAAAGCAACUGUGGGGAAGAAGGCAACUGCUUCUAGUAGUAGCAGCAGCUCAUCAGAUAGUUCCAGUGAAGAGGAUGAGAAGCCCAAAAAGGCAGCAAAAGGAGUACAGAAUGGUUCUAAGGCCACUGCCUCCACAGAGAAAGCGAAAGCAUCCUCAACUGCAGCAAACAACACGAAGUCUAAGCCAGCUGGUGGCAGUAGUAGUAGCAGUGAAAGCAGCUCUGAAGAAGAAACCGGAAAAGUUAAUGGAGGCACAAUUGGGAAGAAACAGAAGAGGGAAGAUGUCCAGGAGCCAGAGACACCACACAGUAAAAAAGCAAAGAUCAAAACCAAAACACCACACACAGUUCCCAAGGUGAAACGGCCAGCCUCUCCAUUCCGCCGUGUAAGGGAGGAAGAGAUUGAGGUGGAUGCCCGUGUUGCUGAUAACUCAUUUGAAGCAAAGAAAGGAGCAGCUGGUGACUGGGGUGAGAAGGCUAACAAUAUCCUGAAAUACACUAAAGGCAAAUCUUUCCGCCAUGAGAAGACAAAGAAAAAACGAGGGAGCUACCGUGGGGGCACUAUAUCAACCCAAGUCAAUUCUGUCAAGUUUGAAAGUGACUGAGAAUGUUUCCUUUGGAAUUCAUAAACCAUCUGCUCACCAGAACAUCUUGGAUGGGCAUGUGAACAUCAUGGAUAUCAAACCUGCCUGGAAUGCUACCUCCCCUAGCCCCUUGUGGGACAGGUAGCUCCAGUGUAGGGAUGUGGGAGAAUGGCUGGAUGUUUCCCCCUUUUAUUUCUAAUUUUGGUUUAGUCCCCUAAUUUGAAACCAUCCUUGAGCUGGUGUUACUGCCACCACCAGGGUGACCUCCAAGGCUUAUGUUUUCUACAGUCUUAUUUUAAAAGGCUGGCAGUGAUUUUUGGUUUUGAUUUUCCGCCCAACUAGUAGAAGACAGAGAAAUAAUUCUCCUGUAUUUUAACCUCCCAUUUCUUUUUCAGCCAGUUAAAAUCUGAUACCUGUGAAAAGGCAAGCAUUGUAACUUGCCUUUGACUAGUUACUGUAAGAACAAUUGAUUCUAGUUCUCUGACUAUAAUCCCCAACCCCACCUGACAUUUCAAAUUCACACUCGCAGUGUGACAGGGUUCCUCUUUUCUGUAUUCUUUUAUGGUUUUACCUUGCAAUAAAUACCUCCCUUCCUCUU